ACCACCAGCCACCGCAGAGGGAGUGUGGCAGCAUCUCUCACUGUGUACCUUUUGCAGUGUUCAGUGUUCAGUGUUCACAUUGAUUGUUCAUACGAGUGUUUUACAUGCCUGUGGAUUUACAAAGUGUUGACCUGAACAACGGACGAAGAGCAAGUGUCAUUCAGAACAUAAAAGGAAAAUUUGCCAUAUAUCACUAGAAUGCUUAUUUGAAAAUAAUAAAUACAUUGUCGUACUUUGUUCUAAUUCUGAGACCAGGGCCACGACAGGAGUUGUCAAGGAAAGCAGGACGCUUUCAGCAUUUCAUAGAAUAACUUGUGGACAGUUGGAAGGAAUGCAGACGGGACCAAAUUCCAAUUUCUUUUGAUAUCGAAGGUUAUAACGCGAGAAGUCACCUGCUGUUGUUUAUACUGUUGAAACGUUCCUGUUAGAUUAGUGAUAACACUCAAACCAUAUGGUUAUAAACACUAACGCGAACAGUGAAAUGACGUUCCAGCUUUAGAAAAGAAAAGAAAAGAAAAGAGAAGAAAAGAAAAGAAAAGAAAAGAAAGAAAAAAAAAAAACUUUGAUUGCCAACUAUGAGCAAACUCUGAUGCUGCUUUUUUUUCUGUGACCACAAGAAAAAACAAACACUUUGCAAAAUUUGCCUUUAGAAAUUGACUGACUUUCUUUCGCGAACGCAGGGAGGAGGAAAAGUGAGCAGCUGAGAAGUGAAAAGCAGCAAUUAUGUGGUUUUAAUCCCGGUCGCCAUAGAAGAAAUCAUUGGAAUUUUCGUAUCCCUUCUCCGGUGAGCCGAAAUACCUCAGCUCGAAGAUGAAGACGUGGGUUUAUCGUUACCUGCUGCUCUGGGCGAUGGGCGUAGCGGUGGCGACGGUGGACGCAUCCCGAGUUCAGCUUGUAGACAACGGGUAUGAGGGCGUGGUGGUGGCCAUCUCCCGGGAGAUUAAUGAGACUCUGGGCCCUCCCAUCAUACAAGCCAUUACGGAAAUGAUUCAGGAGGCUUCGAGGAAGUUGUUCCGAGCGACGCACUACAGGGCUUAUUUCCGUCACGUGAAGAUUCUGAUUCCGAAGUCUUGGACCAACACGCUCGUCAACAACACUGCGCUCAGUGAGAACUAUGAAGACAGCGACAUACGCAUUGACCACAUGAACAGCGUGUACCAAAACCAGCCCUACACUCACCAACCAGGCGGAUGCGGCGUUUCCGGAAAGUACAUCCAUCUCACUCCUAAAUAUCUCACCGGCAAGUUCCAGGCCUGGUUGGGGUCCAGAGGGAAGGUCCUCUUGGUGGAGUGGGCCAAGCUGAGGUGGGGAGUCUUUGACGAGCUGGGCUACCAGGGAGACGAAAGCUUCCCCCCCUUCUACAUUCUUGACGAUCGAGAAAACGGUGGACACUUCGGAGGAGGCAAAAUCUAUCCGACGUACUGCGCUGACAAAGUGGUCGAGGGACAGCAAAUAGGCAAGCGAGGUCACCGUGGGUGUGACCUGAACGCUCAAGGUGAACCUGACCAGAACUGCCGUUUCUUUCCACACAGAGACCAAAUUGCUUCCUCCUCGUUAAUGUCUCAUCCUUUCAUAAUUAGUGAUACGGUUGUGGACUUCUGUGAUGACCAGCAGAGUGACCAUCCCCACAACUCUGUAGCCCCAACAAAGCAGAAUCGCUUCUGUGGUGGACGAUCAGUGUGGAGUGUGAUGAAUGAUCACCCAGAUUUCCAGGCUGGAGCCAAUCCUCCGACGGACAGGUACCUCGACCCCGUGAUCGAACUGGUGCAACACACCGACGCCCAUUAUGCCCUCGUGCUAGAUUACUCGGGCAGCAUGAACGAUCAUUACCGAAUCCACAAGUUGAGGAAGACAGCGCGACGGUGGCUCCUGCACGAGGUGGCUCAAGGAAGCUACGUGGCCAUUAUCCGAUUUUCAAAAGAAGCGAAUUUGGUCCAUCCAUUGACGAAGGUCGCCGAUGAGGAAUCUCGACGGGCCCUCGCGGAUUCCUUGGGAACGACGGCAGAUGGCAGCACCAGCAUCGGUGCCGGUCUUUACUUCGCAGUAAAAACGAUUCUGAACAAUGUGACCAACCCGGUCAUUCUCCUGAUCACUGACGGGAAGGAGAACGAGAACCCGAGGAUCGAGGACAUCAAGAAGAACGUCGUCGAGUCCAGGAUCCGAGUGGUCACUGUGGCAUUUGGACCUGAGGCCGACCCUAAACUGGAGGACAUUGCUCAAUGGACAGGUGGAAAAACCUUCACGGUCAAUGACCUAGACGAAGGCCUUAUGCUCGAAGAUGCCUUUGAAGGCGUCUUGACGUACCAGCCUCCUCCAACCAAAUUCAAUUCUAGCGUUAUGAUUCAUGAACAUGUCUACAUAGGCAAUGACACCUUCACGAGUGGGACUUUUAAUGUCGACUUCAGCAUUGGGCGAAACCUCCGGUUCCGUUUAGAUACGAAUGACCAGCCACACGUGACGCAGCUUCCGCAUUUGAUCAGGCCAGAUGGCUCCGUCGUGGAAGGGUCUGAGUUUGAUCCCCUUACUUACUCCUGGUCAAUCACAGUGCCGAUGGCGGAGGAGGGCGAAUGGCAGUGGAAAGUAGGAGUCUCAGGUAGUGACGAAAACUUCGUCAGGGUAAAAGUUACAGCCCAGACUCGAGACCCAAAAGUGGAACCUAUCACUACCAAAGCAUGGGUGAGCAGCGGUGCACGUGACGUCAGCGCCAAGACGGAGAGGAUCAUCAUUUACGCUGAAGUCAAACAGGGAAACAAUCCAGUAGUCAACGCUAAUGUCAGUGCAUUGGUGACCCCGCCGAAUGAUUUUGACCCGCCGGAGGUGUAUUUCCUGUUGGAUAACGGUCAAGGCGCCGACACUCAGGCUGGAGACGGCGUCUACUCGCGGUAUAUGACCAAAUAUUACGGAGCUGGAAGAUACAGCGUGAAGGCCCAGGUCACGGAUGGAGGACAAGCUGUGAUCAACAGAGGCUUCCUCACUGCUACGUCCCAGGGGCGUCGAAGGAGAUCUCCGGCUUUCUAUGGGGAUUUAGAGAGUCCUGAUUAUUGCUGCGGCAGUGUGAUACCACUGGACCGGGACACUGCAGUGAACACUAGCUCUUUCAAUCGAGUUGCAGUUGCAGGAUCCAUUAUGGUGGCCGAGGUAUCUACUCCGAAGGUGCCCGAUGCCGAUGUGCCAGAAGGUUCAACAGGUUCAGCAGCCCCGCCGCAGGAUCUGAUGCCCCCCUGCGAAGUGCGAGACCUUCGGGUAUCCUUGACCGAUCCGUCGACGUCACAUUUAUCUAGUCAUAAUAUUUCCCUCUCUUGGACGGCCACUGGUGAUGAUCUAGACUCUGGAAUAGCAUCUGGUUACCUUAUCCUUAUGAGCACUGAUGCCCACGAACUGACAGAGGUCAAUUUCGGUCGUGACCCUAACGAUUUGAGUCUCAUCUUGGAUCCAAACACCGUAGAACUUCUCGUCGAAUCAGGGUCAAGGAUCAAAGUGACGACCAUUGUGGAAAUGGAUUUGAACUCUGGGGAGACCUAUUUCUUUGCUCUCAGAGCAGUGGACAAAGCUGGCUUGACGAGUCCUGUGUCCAACCUUGCGAUGAUCCACAAGCCGGACCUCCUGGAAUUCAUGACUUUCACAUCAGCCUCUGAUGACGACGCCUAUUUCCCAGCCACCGAGGAAGAAAUCGGUUACCCUGCGUCGGGUUUCACCGCCUAUUCCCCUCCACUGGAGAAUGAGAUUCACCUGUCGACGUCUGAGGUCGAGGUCCUCGCUAGCGAAGAGGUGCUCGGUGAGGAGAACCCCGAAGGGGACUGGAGCAACGAAACCGAGAUCGUGAGCACAGUGAGCUGGGACCCAGGGGCGGGGGAGCAGCCUCAAGAUGCGUCGCCCUCUCUCGCUUUAGUCCCAGAGUCAGCAGAGGACCCCUCAUUGGCCAUCCCAAUUUGGGCAAUCGCGGUGAUCGUGGUGUUCAUUGUACUGAUCGGCGUUCUGGUCGCCGUUGUUCUUUCUAAAAGGAGAUACGGGAAAUUCGACUUUGGAGACCUGAGACCACUCAGCCAGUUUUAAGUCUGUAGCGAUAGAGGAAGAUAUGUGAUUUAUUUUUGCUAAGUUUUCAUUGUCCAUUACUAGGUUACGUCACAUAGUUUGCGUUUAAACUUAGAAUACUGAAGUGGAAAUUCGCGCAACAUUUACUCAAAUGAAGGAGGAGGCUCAUGAGCCGCGAAUGAAGUGAAGGAAAUUUCAUGGUUAUGUUUGGUGCUUUAUAUUCCUCACUGGAAAACAUAACUCAGACUUUCCCAAGGCAUAUUUUGCUGCAGUAUCGAAAAGCACAGGCGCUCGUCCGUGUCCAUGGUUGGUGCUCUGAUAAGCAUUUAAUGAUCUUAUGACAGAGUUUAUAUUUGAAAAUAUAACGCGCCUCAGAUAAACUCACACGCAUAACUUAUAUCGUAAGUUACUGAUUUUUUUAAAAGUGAUGUACAGUUAUCAUUAAGAUAUGUAAAAUUCUUAUGAAUAUACAGAAAUUUAUUUAAACAAUAUUUUGAACAAUUAGUUAUUUGCCCCCCCCCCCAAAAAAAAAAUGUAACCCAGUUCAAUAUAUAUGGGGUAUGUUUAUACCUGA